CCCUCCCAGAGCAGCUGGAAAGAGGAGCAGCAGCCAUCAGGGAUCCGUCUGAACCACGACAGAAGUGGGUUUGAGAAUCCAUCAAUGCACCAGGGAAGUUCUUCCUGGGCUUCUCAGCCAUAAGCGCCUUUGGGCUCUUCACCUGGACACUCCCCGCUCAGGAUACCUGUGUUUGAGCGCAGUGGAGUCCUUGUUGUGGGGCUUGAGCAGCUGGAAAAGGGAAACAGAGGGGAGAGGAAGGGAGAGCGGGGGAAAGGAGAAAGAAGCGGGGCCAGGCGCCUCCUCAAAGAGUCCGAUAAGGAUCGGUGGCGUGACGUCAAGGAGGAGUCUGGCAAAGCGGAGCGGCGGCUGCCCAGAGGCGCUGGGAGCUUCGUGGAGUUGGUGAAGAGCUCGGCAGGAGCGAGAACAGGAGCAGCAGCCUCGGAAGGAGAGAACUACUGGGGAGGCAGACUCACCUGCAAGUAUAAGCCAUUACUCAAGGGAAGCUAAACCAUGGCUUGGAGUGAAUUUGGUGUCCUCAAUUGGCUCAGAGAGAGCCGACAAUCCCGGAAACUAAUCUUACUGAUUGUCUUCAUCGCUCUGCUUUUGGACAACAUGCUGCUCACUGUCGUUGUGCCAAUUAUUCCCAGUUACCUAUACAGCAUGAGACACCAGAAAAAUGCAACAGAAAUCCAAACCAUUCGGCCAGACACACCGUCACUAAGCCCAAACAGAUUUCAAAGUAUAUUCUCCUACUAUGACAACUCUACGAUGAUUACUGGAAAUCAUUCUGAAGGGACAAGGCCAGGAGAUUUUUAUCAUGCACAGACAGAGCAAAUGGUGGUAAAUAUGACUAAGACACCACCACCAGCAUCUGACUGCCCCAAGGAAGACAAGGACCUACUAAAUGAAAAUGUACAAGUCGGUUUACUGUUUGCUUCCAAAGCAACCGUGCAACUCCUCACUAACCCUUUUAUAGGACCAAUGACAAAUAGAAUAGGAUAUCAGAUCCCCUUGUUUGCUGGCUUCUGCAUCAUGUUCGUUUCAACAAUUAUGUUUGCCUUUUCAGAAAGCUAUAAGUUACUUUUCAUAGCAAGAUCUCUCCAAGGAGUGGGUUCUUCUUGUUCUUCGGUAGCAGGCAUGGGCAUGCUGGCCAGUGUGUAUCCUGAUGAUGAAGAAAGAGGCAAUGCAAUGGGGAUAGCUUUGGGAGGCCUGGCUAUGGGGGUAUUAGUGGGCCCACCCUUUGGAAGUGUGAUGUAUGAAUUUGUUGGGAAGGCUGCACCUUUUCUCGUGUUAGCAGCAUUGGCUCUUUUAGAUGGAGCAAUACAGUUGCUAAUUCUACAGCCAUCUAGAAUACAACCAGAAAGUCAAAAAGGAGCAUCAUUAUUAACACUAAUGAGGGAUCCCUACAUCCUUAUUGCUGCAGGAUCAAUAUGCUUUUCAAAUAUGGCAAUUGCUAUGCUGGAACCAGCGUUACCCAUUUGGAUGAUGGAGACAAUGUGUUCCAAAAAAUGGCAACUUGGCGUUGCUUUCAUUCCAGCUAGCAUCUCUUAUCUGCUUGGAACUAAUCUUUUUGGGGUCCUUGCACACAAAAUAGGACGGUGGCUUUGUGCUCUCAUUGGAAUGAUUGUAGUAGGAAUAAGCAUUUUAUGUGUACCACUUGCUAAAAAUAUAUAUGGACUUAUAGCACCAAAUUUUGGAGUUGGCUUUGCCAUUGGGAUGGUGGAUUCCUCGAUGAUGCCGAUUAUGGGUUAUCUUGUUGAUUUACGUCAUGUGUCAGUCUAUGGGAGUGUUUAUGCUAUUGCGGAUGUUGCAUUCUGCAUGGGAUUUGCUUUAGGUCCUUCUGCUGGUGGUGCCAUUGCCAAAGCAAUUGGUUUUCCGUGGCUUAUGACCAUUAUAGGAAUUAUUGACAUCCUCUUUGCUCCUUUGUGUUUGUUUCUGCGCAGUCCGCCUGCCAGGGAAGAAAAAAUGGCAAUACUUAUGGACCAUAACUGUCACUAUAAACCCAAAAUGUAUACACAGGACAGCAUCCAGUCACAUCCGUUAGGGGACGAUGAAGAAUCAGAAAGUGAUGAGUAAUGUACAAAAGGCGUAGUUUGAUGUAUACAUGUUUUUCCUGUGAAGCAUCUCGUCAUUUUUUUAGUUGUACUGUACUUUUUUUGAAAGUGAAGUAGCAAAAAUAAUAAAAAGACCAAAGGUAUAUUUUAUUGUUACCCCUGAUUAUGAAGCAGAUUACCCACUGCCUUACAAAAGGAAUAAAGUAAUUUUUAUAGUUCUUACAGUAUUAAAUAUUAUUUAUGUAUUUAACAUUGUGCUCUAUAUUUUUGAAAAAAAAAUGAAGUGUAAAUGUGUAAAUUUAAAUUGAAGUGUAUGCUUUUACAAAGUUCAUUCACAAAUAGUUCCCUUAUUAUUUUUCUAUUUAAUUCAUCAGCAGAAAUUAGUGCCUGAAAAGAUCCAUUAUAUUCAGAAAUGACUAUACCAUUUGCCCUUCUCAAACAGUUUGGUUAAAUAGUAAAUGAAAUGUCACCCUAUUUUUCAAAUCUUGUACACAAGUAAAAUUUUCUAUUGUUAAUAGAAAAAAAAAAUCAGUGUAAAGAGAAUGUAGUAUUUGUGAAGGCAUUUGAUAGAACUCCCUUAUUGGCUCACCCAGUGUUCCAAAUGGUAUUGAUGUUUAUAAACAGAUAGUAAGGUCUUCUGUAUUACGGUCAUUUCAUCACUCGUCUGUGCAACCCUUAUACAAAUAUUGAUACACAAAUAUAAUCUAAUGGUGCAAGUUUGAAGUGGGAUAUUACUGUGGCUCUAUGGCAAUAUGGUAUUAACUAAAACCACUCAAGACAAAUAUGUACCAAUUUAUGCCAGAAACAAGAGCUGCCAACUUUUGAACUUUUGUGUAAUAUCCCUUGUGAAGAAAUGUAAGAUUAUCUGGUAGGCAAAAAGAAAAUUAUGUCUAUUAAAUUGCAGAGGUUCGACAUUCAAAGCAAAAGAGCAAGAUAUUGGUUUUCUUUUAGAAGACUUUAUUUUGGGGGGUACAAAUUGAAGGACAUGCCUAAUCUAGACUUAGAAAUAGAAAUUUAUCAAUUAGCACUAGCCACAGAGUAACUAAAAGCAGGCUUCCUGCCUCCUGAUUGACUCUUGAACACUGCGGUCCAAACAAUAUUGUGCUAGAUGGGUCUUUGGAAAGAAGACUGGGCAAUAUCUUUGUGGGAGGGAGUUAUUCCAUAUUUUGUUCACCCUAUAAAAUAAUCAACACUACAAUUGUUGAGCCCUACGGCAGUUCUAGUGCUGAAUGUAUGGAUUAGUCUCUGAAUUGUUCCAAUAGCAAUCCUAAGAGUUCUUGACCAUGCAUAAAUAUCAAAUGUUUCUCUAAUGUUGUGUACAUGUCAUCUUGUUUGUAAAACAUGAUCUGUGCCUUCUUUCAUUUAUCAGCAGAUAAGUUGUGUUUUAAAGCAGACAGCCUGUUUACAUAGUUUUGUAAAGUGUAUAUAUCUAUUUUGGUCAAGGUAUUAAAAUGUUGUUGUUGCACUAUUAUGUUGAUAAUUAUGCAGAGAAAUAACAACUUGAAUGUUAUCAUUUACUGAAAAAAAUAAUAAAGGGUAACAAUUUGA